AUGGCGAGAGAGAGAGAAGGAGAGGCGGACACGCUGCUCGUGGACCUGGUGCCCCGGCCCGAAGACCCGGUGCGAAGCGAGGACAUUUGGGCCGUCGUGGCGGUGUACCGCGAGUCAGGGGCGGUUGGCGAGGGCGGCGCGGCGGUCCAUAACGCCAUGCUCGCGGCUCGCUCGGCCCUGGCGCAGGGGCUGCCGCUGCCAGAGCCAUGGGGCGACGACAGCUUGGGCGCCCUGCUCCACCUGGCGGGGCUGCUGCGUCUGGGCGCCCCUGCUGUGGCCCACGGGUGUCUCAUGUUCACCGGCGUGUCUCCCCACGGCGGGCCGCCCGCGCUGCCGCGCGCGCUGCUCUUGGUGGACGGCGACUGCCGGUCGGAGCCCGGGGCCGUCGGCCGCAGGUUCUCCUGCCUCGUCGACCAGGGGCUGGGCGGCGCCACCCCGCGUCUGCUGCCGGAGCGGCGUGCGGAGAGCACCGCGCUGGUCUGGCAGACCGUCAGGAAUUUCGGGGUCUCGGGCCUGACCUGGGGCUCGCAGUCCUGCUUUGGUUUACAGCACCCAGCUGGCGGCGCCUUCGUCAUGUUCUCCACGGGCGCCCUGAGGGCAUGCACGGAGGAGUAUUGCAGGGCCUGCAGCCCGGCCUCCAUCUGGGACUGCUUACGGAUCGACAGCGGCGAGGACUCGUACCUAAUUAACAAAUUUGGUCUUGGAGCAGGGCUUCAAGGCCCGCCACCUCCUGCACUGUCACGCGACCGCCUUCAUGCCCGAGACGUGGCUCGAGUACUUGGCGCAGCAAGCCCGGUGGAAGCGUUCGCACCUCGGCAACCGUUCCGACAUCCUCCUGCGCCGCAGACGUUCGAGCUCCUGGAGUGCUUCUUCCGCGGCGAGUUCUUGGGCGUAGGUUUCAUCGUCUUCCUCUUCGCCAAGAUCAGCGGCCCUCCGCUUCGCCAGCUGGCGGAAAGCAUGUGCAACUUCCACGGCGAGGUGCUCCCCGAGGACCCCGUGGAGUUGGCGACGGCAGGGGGUCCUCUGGCCGGCCCUGUCGCUGCACGCGACCUCGGCGGCGGGCCGACCCGUCUCAGACCCGCCCACUGUCCACCGCGUCGCCAUCGGGGCUUGGCCGCGCUGCUGCCCGCCUCGCAGCUGACCCUGCCGGUGGCGUCACUGGCAGGCCCACCGCUACCAGCAGUCCUGGGCGCUGCAGCUCGCCCCCGCCGCCUCCGCCGGCCUCGCCAGGCUGCCGCGCGGCCUCCGCGCGCCGCCCUCGCGCUGCCCCUGGCGCUGCCCCUCGCCUGCGGCAUCGAGAACGCGCUCGCGCCCCUGCUCGGCGUGGCGAACGCGGGCGCGUCCGCCGCCCUCGGCCGGGGCGCGCGCCAGGGCGCCGGCGAGCGCGCGGCCCGGGCCAGGCUCGAGGACCAGGGGCGCGAGCAGCGGGCGCGGGCGCGGAGGAGGCUGCUCGCGGGCUGGCCGCUCGCGAACGGGCUCCUGGGGCCGCUGCUCGAGGCGCUCCGCCGGCACGCCGCCGUCCUCGAGGGCACGCUGGUCUUCGUGGCGGCGAGGAUGGUUCUAGACAUGAUCCUUCGUCCCCAGAACGAGCAUCCAAUGAUCCUGUGCUCGUGGCACUCUGCCUGGCUGCGCUUCUCGACUGCGCGCGGCAGCGAGGCCGAGACCGCCGACGACCGCGCCGCGCUGGCGGAGUCGGAGUCGAGCGCGCACGGG